AUGUCCAUGCCGAAUCCGAUCCUAUCCCGGACAGUCGCAACCAAUAAACGUCCCAACAGCGUGUCUAGCGCCCGCGAUUUCUUCUCCUGCCUCGUCGACCACGCUGCCACCGAGAAUCCCGGAUUGUUUGCUGCCCUCAGAGACGUGGUGAGACGGUUCUCUCAGGAAGCUAUUGCCUGGAAGGACUUCCUCCUCGCAACGCCUCGCAAAGAAUUGUCCCAAUUAGAAUUCGACAUCGAAUCUUUCACGCAUGCCAUGGAUAUCCACUUGAGCAAUGCAGGUUUAAUUUGUAAUGGUCUGACAGAAGAAGAGGGGCACGCGAUCCAACAAGCUAUCCAGCAAGCCCCUGCUUCAACGACGGACCUCGUCAGCCACUUCCGAGAGAAUCCGAGGGGCUUUGAAGCAGCGCUGAGGGGACUCUUCCACAUGAACUGCAACAUCUUCCCCGCUCGUAUUACAGGGUCUGCGACGCACCCGUUCGGACCACAAGGUAUGACCACGCGUUCGAGAAACGCUCGGCGCACCCCGCUAACGAACAACAUCAAAUGCACCACCUGCUGCAGGUCGGUCGACAGAUCGCUGUUUGCCACUCACGUCUACGUGCAGCACGGGGUCGGUGCCUUCUACGAGCUCGCUCGGGAUAGGCUUCAGCAGGGGGUACUCUUCGACACGCAGACUCAUGUGAUGUGCUCCAAGAUGGAGUGUGGUCAGUGA